AAAAAAAACGAGAGUUGCGUCAGUGCACUCUAUUAUUUUAUUUAUUUUUUUUCUGAAGAAACACUGCCACCAAGUGGUGAUUUAUCAUAACAGUCAAAUUUUUGGAAGUGGAAAAUAACGUUACAUAAUUAAUAUGUAGGCUAGUGCAGAUUACCGUAAACCACACCUUGGGCUAAAUAUGUGUCAUCAUUUAUUAAUUUCCUCGGGUGACUCCAAAAACUCACGUAAAUGGGGUAAAAGAAGGUAAUAAUUUAUGCGUAACAUACAGGAACAACAUAGCUUAAUAGCAAAGCAUGCAUUUUGUUGGUGUAUAGUACAAAAAACUGCACUGACCAACAAUGAUUUGCCUCAGUUAUGAAAUAUGAAGUAUCUUUAUCUAGCCAGUGCUCUUUGUUCACAAAUUACCUCUUAUUUCCAUUGAAAUUACUGUAUUAUAUUUUUUAAGGUUUUUUAAGGGGGUUUUGGAUUAGUUAUUUAUGCACAUAGACAUGACGAUGAAAUAUCCAACCACUAAAUCUUAAACACUAUGGAGCACAGACUAGAGUUUGUUUCUUUCAACAUACUUGGAUAAUUGAUAGUAUUUUUUUAUUAUAAAAAUACAUAAAAUACUAUUUUUUUCAAUUUGACAAAAUAACUAGAAACGAUGGUUUACUCUGAAACUACGAGAAAGUCAAAAGCAUGAAUCUAGAGUUUAAUAAAUGAUGUUGAUAUCUAAGAAAUGAACUGCGUGUGUGUGAGAGAGAGGAGAAAGAGAGAGUUCCGAUUCAAUUCUGUAUUAAUGUGUUUAACAUAAUUAACAUAUGAACGGUCCCUCUACUCAACAGCUAUUAAACCAGACUCGACUUUUGGCUCAAACUCUCGACAACUACUCUGCGCUGGACUCAUUUCUUGCACUUCAGGCGAGGAAGAAAAGGACCAAAAAGAAACCCGCCAAAAAGCCUGAUCCCCACCCGAGGGGAGCCGCACAGCAGCCUGACUCACUGCAGGAGCAAGAUGAGGAGAUCUUGGGUUCAGAUGAUGAGGAACAGGAGGAUCCUAAUGACUACUGCAAGGGUGGUUAUCAUCAUGUGAAAAUAGGCGACCUGUUUAAUGGACGGUAUCACAUAAUCCGGAAGCUGGGAUGGGGUCAUUUCUCUACUGUUUGGUUUGCUUGGGACAUACAAGGGAAGCGUUUUGUGGCCAUGAAAGUGGUUAAGAGCGCAGAGCACUACACUGAAACGGCACUCGAUGAGAUCAAGCUCCUGAGAGCGGUCAGGAACACAGACCAGAACGAUCCCAGCAGGGAGAAAGUGGUGCAGUUAUUGGACGACUUCAAGAUCUCGGGCGUGAAUGGAACCCAUGUAUGUAUGGUGUUUGAAGUUCUCGGCCACCAUCUGCUGAAGUGGAUUAUCAAGUCCAACUACCAGGGCCUUCCGCUGCCGUGUGUCAAGAGCAUUAUUCGGCAGGUUUUGCAAGGCCUGGAUUACCUGCACACCAAGUGUAAGAUCAUUCACACGGAUAUAAAGCCUGAAAACAUCUUGAUGGAUGUGAAUGAGGCGUAUGUCAAAAGACUGGCAGCAGAGGCCACAGAAUGGCAGAAAUCUGGAGCUCCGCCACCUUCAGGAUCUGCAGUGAGUACAGCUCCAGCCCCAAAACAAAUGGGCAAAAUGUCCAAGAACAAGAAGAAAAAGAUGAAGAAGAAACAGAAGCGUCAGGCUGAGCUCUUGGAGAAGAGGAUUCUGGAGAUAGAGGGGCUGGAGAAAAGCCCUGAGGGAGGAGAAGAGGAAGAGGAGGAUGAAACCGAGACACCCGACAGCACCCCGUCAGUCCCCACCAGUCACACCCUGCAUGACAUCACAGCUGAGGCCACAUUGGAUGGCAUCUCAGAUGGUUGGUCUCAGCACAGAGGAGCCAUCAACGGUCACAGCCAGGGCCCUGAGGAAGAGCAGACCCUGGAUCUCCAGCAGCAGAUGAAGGACGACACCCCCGUGAACCCCUACGACAGCGGCACAGAGGGCUCCGAGCCUACUAACCCUUACCCGGCAUGCAACGGCACCGUAGAGAACGAGCCCAGUCCUCCGUCCCCUGUCGCCACAGACGGUAAUGGACCUUUGAUUUGUGGCAUGGUUGAGUCACAGUGCCCUAGGGUGCAGGAUCAAGAGAGCCCCACGGCGGAGCUGAACAGCUCCGGUUCUGUUGAGGGCCCCAGAGCGGAGAUGGGCCUCACCAUGGAGGUGGACCCCAGCGCGCAGGCGGCCACAGAGGAGGAGAGCCUGAAGGACGCUAAGAUUGCAGCAGGAAACCUGCUAGUCAACCCCCUGGAUCCGCUAAAUGCUGAUAAGAUCCUAGUGAAAAUCGCUGACCUGGGCAACGCCUGCUGGGUGCACAAGCACUUCACAGACGACAUACAGACGCGGCAGUAUCGCUCUCUGGAGGUGUUGAUUGGAGCAGGAUAUGGCACCCCAGCUGACAUCUGGAGCACAGCUUGCAUGGCAUUUGAGCUGGCAACAGGCGAUUACCUGUUUGAGCCUCACUCCGGAGAGGAUUAUUCCAGAGAUGAAGAUCACAUCGCAUUGAUCAUCGAGCUGCUGGGGAAAAUUCCUCGUAAACUCGUCAUGAACGGCAAAUACUCGAAGGAAUUUUUCACCAAGAAAGGUGACCUGAGGCACAUCACCAAACUGAAACCAUGGGGUUUGCAAGACGUGCUGGUCGAAAAGUACGAAUGGCCCCGAGAGGAAGCCCAGAAUUUCUCAGACUUCCUCCUUCCGAUGUUGGACCUCAUCCCAGAGAAAAGAUCAACGGCUGCCGAGUGCCUCCGUCAUUCCUGGAUCGCCUCCUAGUGGCCAAAAAGCUCCAAAGCGUGCGCGCACACACUCUCACGCGCCCAUGAAUGCUCACUGAUAAGACACCGGGAGUCACGGCAGAUAUUAGCCGCAAGUGCAAGAAGGUCCGCUCACACAGAUCCAGUUCUCAAAUUGUCGUCGCUUUUUUUUUACGUAAUUGGUAUGAUUUAAGUGUACCGUCAUUUCAGUGGUUUGUGCUCAUACCGAUUUAUCUAACAGCCACUUUUCUAUCAAUAUCCGUCAUAUCACGGGACGGUUUGAAACAUGUCAGGAUUGAUUUAUCUUCUCAAGAGUUCCACUUCUCUGUUUUCUUAGUGUUUGCAGUAAAAUCGGACUCGGUAGCUGAUUGUAGUGGGGUUUUUUUUCAUUGUAUUAAAAAAAGAUUGUUAAUUGCAGCAUCCUUCGAACUGUUUUCCGUGUCUUCACAAAGGGUUUUACCGAAUGAAUGAAUGAAGGAAACACAAGUGGAUGUGUUCAAAGUCCAGAAAUCUUCAUAUUGAAUGUGAGCCACUAUACAGUGCAAGAGAAACAAACGUGUAUUUUUACCACAAAAGGGCAAGGAGAAAAUCAAAGUAGAAAAUGCUAACCUUUCAGGUGUCAUAAAAUCCAUAAAGGACUAUCAUGGUUUGUAUAACAGUAAUAAUGACAUUUAUUGUGCGUAUGCCAGGGAGGAGUUUUGGUAUCAAGGUCAUUACAAAAUCUCAAAUCAGUGAAAACAUUUCAAAUUUUUUGUACAUACUCAUACCAAAGAGUUGGUUCUUCACACGAUCAGUGUUGUACAGUCCCAUUAUUUGUGUACAGUUUUGCUAUGAAUGAAUGGCUUGAGGAAAAUGUUUGAGAAUCACUGAUUUAGAGAUGCCUUGAUGUGAAUCUGCAAUGAUCUGUGCAUCUUUUUGAGCUUUUUUUUCCUCCCCACAGUGUUGCUUCAAGCAGCAGAUUUCGAAGGGCCUUUGCUUUCUCUUUUGGACGAGGCAGUUUCAUUGUCCUUCACGAAUAUCAUCUGCUUCUCCGCUACUUUUUCAUGAAUGUCUCCGCUUUUGAUUGUUCGGCACUGAACUAAAAUAGUUUCUGUAGUAACUUCAAAUAAAGUUUUUGAAAUGGCAAAA